GUAUUCCUUUCUUCCAACCAACCCUGAUAGCGUUCCUUUCGUAUUCUACGUUACAACAUUGAAUACUACUACAACUAGUAGUACAACUACAUUACGACAUUGAAUAUUCCGCUGAUUAUAACGCAUAUUACAUCAUGAAACGUGCAAUUUACAAAUAUACAUCAUUGGCAUGCAUUCUUGUUGCCUUCGUCUGCAGCGGGCAAGUUGUUGGCAAAUCACAUGUGUGUGUCGAGAGAGUGACAGAACCAUAUGGUCUUUCUGAAGGCCCUCAUUGGGAUCAUCGUACUCAGAAAUUAUAUUUUGUUGAUAUACAUAAUCGAUACAUACGUAGACUAGACCCUGCAACAAAUGCUGUAACUAGUGCAUACAUAAAAAGUGGUACUGUUGGUGUUGUUGUACCUGUGGACGAUUCUACUGAUCAAUUUGCAGCAGGUGUUGGAAGAGAUCUUAUAUUGGUUACAUGGGAUGAUGAGCAGAAUGAGACGAAUGUACCAACUGAAGUACUAUGUUCUGUUGAUGUGGGAAAUACUCAAACAAGAAUCAAUGAUGGAAAGGUUGACUCCUCAGGAAGAUUUUGGCUAGGAACUAUGGGUGAAAAUGGCAAAGGAAAUUCAAUUCCUAAUAUAGGAUCAUUUUAUCGCAUUGAUGAUGACUUGAAGCCCAAAAAAGAAAUAUCUCCUGUUUCAAUAAGCAAUGGAUUAGCAUGGAAUAUCGAAGAUGAUACUUUCUAUUAUAUUGAUUCACCUGAACGUAAUGUUGUGGCGUAUGAUUAUAAUCCAAUUAAUGGAACAAUAUCUAAUAAGAGGAUUGUGUUCAACUUGAACAAUACUAAUUUAACUGGAGUGCCUGAUGGAAUGACCAUAGAUACAGAUGAUAAUCUUUGGAUAGCACUAUUUGGUGGAAGUCAUGUUAUCAAAGUAAAUCCGAGAACAGGAGAAUUAUUGUGUCAAAUCAAGAUUCCAGCUGAAAAUGUAACUAGUGUUACAUUUGGAGGCCCGCUUCUUGACAUUCUUUAUGUGACCACCUCAGGCAAGGAUUUAACUGCAGAACAACGAAAGGCGACUCCUCAUGCGGGUGCUGUAUUUGCUGUAAAAGGCUUAGGAGUUCGCGGAAGUAUCGCGAAUAUGUUUCGGAUGAAAUAAUGAAAGCAGACGAGAUGGUUUUAUCAAAACAAAUAAUACAUAUAUUUGAAAGCGUAUGUUUUUCCCUAUGGGGAUUUGUGCACUUUUACGUAUUUUUAAAUUCUGUAUAUCGUUAAAUAAUAAUGUUAAAUGAUGCAACUGAAAAA